AUGUUAUCAAAUCGAUCAAAUAAGGAUACCAAAGAAGUGAAACGUAUUAGUUUGAUUCCAAGUCGACAAGAGCAAUAACAGGAAUAGGAAUACAAGUACAUUCAACCUGUAAAAUCUGUGAAUGUGGAGAAUCAGGAUCCAAAAUGGUCAGAACUGAAAGUAGAUGGCAAGAAUAUCAACCACAGAGCUUACACCAGCAUAACAAUUCACAAUGAUUUUCUGUACUUGUAUGGGGGAUACCAAGUUCAAUUAGGAAUCAUGGAUGAAUUCUAUCGUAUGAAUCUAAAGAGUUAAAGUUACCAAUGGGAAAAGCUGACUUACAAGGAAAACCCAGGACCAAGAACUCGCCAUCAGAUGUGUACAUACAUGGAUAGAAUCUACAUUUUUGGCGGAUAGAUUCACCAAUCUGUCUCCACCAAUUCCAUGUGGUACUUUGAUCUCAACUCCCACACUUGGGUCAAGUGCAAAAUUAAUCAAUCAUACCCUCCAGAAAUAGACAAUCACACAGCCAUCAUCCACAAUGAUAAUUGGAUAGUCUUUGGAGGCUUCUUCGGAGGAACUGUGGGUUUGCAUUCCAACUAUGUGUAUAAAUAUGAUUUUAGUUCGAACACAUGGCAAAGAAUGCAACCCUAAAGCAGCCUUGCUCCUAAACCUAGAGAUGGAGCAGGCAUAGCUAUGCAUAAGAACAUACUCUACAUGUUUGGAGGAUCUAAUGGUCAUUUGAGGUUCAAUGAUUUAUGGAAAUUCGAUUUCUAAGUUUGGACCUACAUACCUGUUAGUUCCAAAGAUUUACCAAGAAUCAGAUCAGGCCAUGUGAUGCUAGUUAAUGAUGAUAAAAUUAUUAUCUUUGGUGGAAUACAUGAUAUCACCUGGGAAUUAGAUGACUUAAAUGUAUUUAAUCUUAAGAAAAUGGAAUGGAUUAAAGUUGAUGAAGAUAGUGCUAGGAGAAAAGAUAAAUAAUUGUUGUCUCCAACCAAGGAUAAUAAAUAGGAUCAACAUUCACGAAGGCAAUUUAGAAAAUCAACUAGAACUGGCAGCAUUAGGAAGACUAUUAAAAGAACUACUGUCUCUCCACUCAAAAAACCAGAUUAAUCUGAAGAUAGUUUGGAGUCGCCAACUAGAAAUUUAUCCUAAGCUUAAUCUAAUUAAAAAACACUUGAUGAAAAAAAAAAAAAAGAAAUUUAACAAAAAAAAAUGGCCUUAUUAAAGAUAUUUGAAGUUGAUGAAGGCUAAAAGAUACAAUUCAGAGAUAAUUCACCCACUUCUGAAAAAAUGAGAAACUCUCUAUUUCUAGUUGGCAAUCCAAAGGCUGACUUAAAAAUUAAACAGGGGAAAUUGACCGAAUUUGGAAAACCUUUAGUUUCAAAAUUUCUUCAGCCACUCCAAUCAAUGUAGAAUUAGAUUGUUGGAAAGAAACCCUGCGCUAGAGAUGGCCAUUCAUUUACAGUUUAUCAAUCAUAACUCAUAAUUUUUGGUGGAGACAGACAUUAAAUGUCCUUUAAUGAUAUUUAUUCCUUAGAUUUAACAAAAAUUUGA